AUGCCAACUACCAACGAUGAAGCCAUAUUAUUGUUCGAAAAAGCCACAUACCUAGAAGAGCAGGGCCGUAUGAGCGACGCUGUUGAUAUAUACCGAAAAGCUUUCAAGUUGAAUAGCAACAUCGACCUUAUUUAUCGAUCAACAUACUCAAAUAAGCAUCUCUCCAAAGAUAAGGGCAAGAAUGCUUUGGUUAGGGUGGAUGAUAAGACAGUCUCUAAGAUUAAUGUGGAUGAACUAAUAGAUAGCUUUAGUGAUGUACAUUUACAAGACCCACUGGAACAUUCUGGCGAUGCUCCAUCAAUCCUUCUUUAUUUGCCACGGGAUAUAUGGUGUCAUAUAUUUGAGGUUUUAAUCCAAAGAACCCCAGAAUCUUGGUUUAAUAUGUCUAUUACGUGCAAGAUGAUGGCACAUAUAGGCUUUGGAAACAAUACAUACAAAUUUCUAUGCAAUCUCAUCUAUCCGAAACAAGUUUAUGAGGAAAAUGAAACGUAUCAAUCGCGACUAGUCUCUGAAGAGGAGCUACCCAUACCACCGGACCAGUUACUCAUUUUACCACAUUACAAAAGUUGGAAGAAUAUGCUUCACGAGCGAAGUUUUAUAAAAUAUGGUGGUUGUUACAUCAGUGUUGUUAAUUACUACAGCGAAGGUGCAAGGGGCGAGAAUUCAUUGUCUUGGAAUAACCCGGUGCGAAUGAUUACGUAUUAUCGUUAUCUACGAUUCUACCCAGAUGGUACCGUAGCAAAGAUGCUCUCUGCACUUCCUCCAGAUCGGGUUGUACCGUGGUUCCUGAAAGAACGACAAUUUAUACCUAAUGCCGAGCAAAAUGAGGCAACAAAGAUUUACCUAGGGAAAUUUACAAUCAACUCUUCGGGUGAAGUGCACAUUCAAAUAGAAAACGGGUCGACAAGUUAUCUAACUUUCCAAUACUACUUUCAAAUAAGAUCAUUGGGUCAAUUCAAACAUGGAAAAUUAAACUGGACAAAAUAUUACGCAGUAAGGAAAGCAACUAGUCCUGAAGAUGAUAGAGUUGGUGAAGUCAUGGAAUAUUCAAUUCGAAAUGAAAAACCCUUUAAAUUUCUGAGAGUAAAGAGUUAUAGCAUAGCAUAG